GUGCAGUUUGAUCUGUGGGACUCAGAUGACGUCCCCGUGCCCCGGAAGGAGUUGCUCCAGAAGGUCAAAGGUGUCGAUGCGCUGGUCUGCGUGCUCACGGAGAAGAUCGAUGCCGAGCUAUUGGACGCUGCAGGUCCUAACCUUAAGGUCCUGAGCACCAUGUCAGUGGGUUUUGACCACCUCUCCCUGGAGGAACUAAAGAAAAGGGGGAUCCGUGUGGGUUACACCCCAGAUGUGUUAACGGAUUCUGUAGCUGAAUUGACUGUCGCUCUGCUGCUGACCACCUCCAGGAGACUGAUAGAGGCUACGCAUGAAGCCAAGAGUGGUGGCUGGGGAACAUGGAGGACUCUGUGGCUGUGUGGAUAUGAGCUGGCUAACAGCACCGUGGGAAUCCUGGGACUGGGCAGGAUCGGAGUGGCUAUCGCUGAGCGUCUGAAGCCGUUCAAGGUUAAGAAGUUCAUCUACACGGACGUGGCUCCCCGACCAGAGCUGGCCAGUUUGAUCGACGCAGAAUAUGUCUCUAUGGAUGAGCUGGCCAGUCAGUCUGACUUCCUGACUGUGUGUUGUGCUCUGACACCAGAGACUAAAGACAUCUGUAACAAGGACCUGUUCUCCAAAAUGAAGAAUACCUCCAUCUUCAUCAACACCAGCAGAGGAGGGGUGGUAGACCAGGAGGAUCUGUAUGAAGCCCUGUCCAGCGGUCAGAUAGCUGGAGCUGGACUCGACGUCACCGUCCCUGAACCCCUGCCCACCAGCCACCCGCUCUUCACCCUUAACAACUGUGUGAUCCUCCCCCACAUUGCCAGUGCGUCCUACUCCACGCGUAAUGCCAUGUCUGCUCUGGCAGCCAACAACCUGCUACUGGGCCUGAAGGGACAGCCAAUGAUCAAAGAGCUCAAGCUGUAGCUGCCAAUCAUCUGCUUUCAGAAACACCAGAGAACCAAUCACCUGCUUUCAGGAAACACCAGAGAAGAACCAAUCACCUGCUUUCAGAAACACCAGAGAACCAAUCACCUGCUUUCAGAAACACCAGAGAACCAAUCACCUGCUUUCAGAAACACCAGAGAACCAAUCACCUGCUUUCGGAAACACCAGAGAAGAACCAAUCACCUGCUUUCGGAAACACCAGAGAAGAACCAAUCACCUGCUUUCGGGAAACACCAGAGAAGAACCAAUCACCUGCUUUCGGGAAACACCAGAGAAGAACCAAUCACCUGCUUUCAGGAAACACCAGAGAAGAACCAAUCACCUGCUUUCGGGAAACACCAGAGAAGAACCAAUGAUUGAAGAGCUCUUACCAGAACUGUAAAUGAUAUAGUUGACUCUGGUCACGAGAUGAGUAGAUUAUAGAGAAUAGUGGUGCUGUUGUCAUCCACCAUUUUCACUCGACACGGUACAUACCGUAGCACUCAGCACUUCCUCGUGGGAGAUGAUUUUUUUUAUGAUUUUGUUUCAUAAUGAUAAUAAUGACGAAGGACAACAAUAAACAUGGAACUUUCCCCAUCUUUUAAUUCAGUCUGUGAUGACUGGAACGACAUGUCCCUCCGUGAAUUUAUGAGUGUCUCCUCAAACAAACAAACACGUUUACAUUUCAUCUGCUCUCUGGGGGAACGUCUCAAAUGGCACCCUAUUCCCUAUAUAGUACACUACUAGUGACCAGAGCCCUAUUCCCUAUAUAGUGCACUACUAGUGACCAGAGCCCUAUUCCCUAUAUAGUGGUACUACUAUAGACCAGAGCCCUAUUCCCUAUAUAGUACACUACUAUAGACCAGAGCCCUAUUCCCUAUAUAGUGCACUACUAUAGACCAGAGCCCUAUUCCCUAUAUAGUGCACUACUAGUGACCAGAGCCCUAUUCCCUAUAUAGUGGUACUACUAUAGACCAGAGCCCUAUUCCCUAUAUAGUGGUACUACUAUAGACCAGAGCCCUAUUCCCUAUAUAGUGGUACUACUAUAGACCAGAGCCCUAUUCCCUAUAUAGUGCACUACUAGUGACCAGAUCCCUAUUCCCUAUAUAGUGUACUACUAUAGACCAGAGCCCUAUUCCCUAUAUAGUGAACUACUAUAGACCAGAGCCCUAUUCCCUAUAUAGUGGUACUACUAUAGACCAGAGCCCUAUUCCCUAUAUAGUGGUACUACUAUAGACCAGAGCCCUAUUCCCUAUAUAGUGGUACUACUAUAGACCAGAGCCCUAUAUAGUGGUACUACUAUAGACCAGAGCCCUAUUCCCUAUAUAGUGGUACUACUAUAGACCAGAGCCCUAUUCCCUAUAUAGUACACUACUAUAGACCAGGGCCCUAUUCCCUAUAUAGUGCACUACUUUAGACCAGAGUUUCAAUGGCUUUGAUCAGAAGUAGUGCACUACUUUAGACCAGAGUUUCAAUGGCUUUGAUCAGAAGUAGUGCACUACUUUAGACCAGAGUGUCAAUGGCUUUGAUCAGAAGUAGUGCACUACUUUAGACCAGAGUUUCAAUGGCUUUGAUCAGAAGUAGUGCACUACUUUAGACCAGAGUGUCAAUGGCUUUGAUCAGAAGUAGUGCACUACUUUAGACCAGAGUGUCAAUAGGAAGUAGUGCACUACUUUAGACCAGAGUGUCAAUCGGAAGUAGUGCACUACUUUAGACCAGAGUGUCAAUAGGAAGUAGUGCACUACACAGGGAACAGGGCACCAUUUGAGACGCUAGAACCAAAACAUAGUUACACGGUGUUAGAAGUGUAGAAUAAACAACACAGAAAUCCUUUUGGCAUGAGGAUAAAAGCCCAGCCCUUUUUAAACCAGAGAGGAGUGUAAUUAAGGCAGUAACUGUCCUUCAUCAAAUUAUAUUAUUACAUAAACAACCA